CACUCAUCCGUCUUCCUUUAUAAUCAGCAACUCCUUCCCCCAGUAUCCAACUUCUCCACUCGAAAAGAUAUUUUGAGAGAGAGAAAUGGAACAAGAACAAGAGCAGCAGCUCGCCCGAUGGGAUGGCUAUGUAGACUGGAGGAACAGGCCUGCACUCAGAGGCCGUCAUGGCGGCAUGCUCGCUGCCUCCUUCGUAUUGGUUGUGGAGAUAUUGGAGAACCUGGCAUAUCUGGCAAAUGCAAGCAACUUGGUGAGGUAUCUAUCAAAGUACAUGCACUUAUCUCCAUCUAGAUCGGCCAAUAAUGUCACGAAUUUCAUGGGAACUGCUUUCCUUUUAGCCCUUCUUGGUGGCUUUCUCUCAGAUGCUUUUUUCACUACUUGUCGCAUAUACCUGAUAAGUGCAGCCAUCGAAUUUUUGGGCCUGGUGCUGCUCACUGUGCAAGCUCGCUCACCGUCGCUAAAACCACCAGCAUGUAACCCAGCCAACCCCAACAUCCCAUGCCAAGAAGUAGAUGGCGCAAAGGCUACAAUGCUGUUUUUAGGGCUCUAUCUGGUGGCCCUUGGCGUUGGAGGGAUAAAGGGUUCUCUCCCAGCACAUGGGGCAGAGCAAUUUGACGAGAGCACCCCACAAGGAAGGAAGCAGAGAUCAACCUUCUUCAAUUACUUUGUCUUCUGUCUUUCUUGUGGAGGCCUAAUUGCAGUUACUUUUGUUGUGUGGAUUGAAGACAACAAAGGGUGGGAGUGGGGCUUUGGGGUUUCUACCAUUGCAAUCUUUUUGUCUAUUCCUAUCUUCCUCGCUGGCUCACCCACUUACAGGAAUAAGAUACCUUCCGGAAGUCCCCUCACGACCAUUUUGAAGGUUUUGAUUAAUGCUGCAACUAACUGUUCCAUAAGCAGCACUCCAAGCAAUGCCGUGGCAAACCUGAACGCAAGCCCUUUCAAUCCAACCCAAGUCAGCGAGGAAUCAAAAGAAAUGGCACCCAGUAGUGAAAUUGCAACAAAAAGCUUCAGCUGUCUUAACAGAGCAGUAGUGAAAAGGCAAGUCCACUCUGCACUAGAAUGCACAGUACAGCAAGUUGAGGAAGUUAAGGUUGUGAUAAAAAUCCUACCAAUAUUUGCCUGUACCAUCAUGCUCAAUUGCUGCCUAGCUCAGCUCUCCACAUUUUCUGUACAACAAGCUGCCACCAUGAACACCAAGCUUGGUUCCUUGAAAGUCCCCCCAGCUUCCCUUCCCAUUUUUCCUGUAGUUUUCAUUAUGAUCCUAGCACCAAUUUACGACCUUUUCAUUAUCCCAUUCGCUAGGAAAGUGAGUAAAUCUGAAAUGGGCAUCACUCAUCUGCAAAGAAUUGGCAUUGGUUUAUUUCUUUCCAUAAUAGCAAUGGGAGUGGCAGCUCUAGUUGAAAUCAAGCGGAAGAGAGUUGCUACGAGUUCUGGACUACUAGACUCGAAUGAUCCAUUGCCCAUCACAUUCUUCUGGGUUGCUUUCCAGUACUUAUUCUUGGGAUCAGCAGAUCUUUUCACCUUGGCAGGGCUGUUGGAAUUUUUCUUUGCAGAGGCACCCACAGGCAUGAGAUCCUUAGCAACUUCUCUUUCCUGGGCCUCCUUGGCCAUGGGGUACUACCUGAGCUCAGUAAUUGUAUCAAUAGUAAACAAUAUUACAGGUAACUCUACACACAGACCAUGGCUCUCUGGCAACAACAUAAAUCACUAUCACCUGGAACGAUUCUACUGGCUGAUGUGUGUGCUAAGUGCUGUGAAUUUCUUGCAUUACCUUUUCUGGGCCAACUGGUAUAAGUAUAGAUCAACAAGAGGUAACUAGCAAAAUCAAUUUACGCAUUCGAUAUAGCUGAUGAGGGGCCUGUUUGCCCUGUUUACACCAGAUGAUCAAAUGUUUGCGCUAAGCAACCCCUUGGCUGUAUAUAAGAUGAAUUGCUGGAUCUUUGUUGCCGGCCAAUACGUGGGAAGGGUUUAGAGUAAUUUUAUCGUGUAAUCACUGUUUCUUUUGAAAAAAAAGCAGCUAGUUCAUUUUGUUCCAAAAAAAUUGAUUAAGCGA